AUGCCUGCAUCUGGAUGCACAGAAGAUACCCUUCGAGGCGCCGCCAUCGGCCUCAUGGUUGUUACGACCAUCACGAUCUGCUCACGAGCUGUUCUGCGCGUCGACAGGAAUACCUUUGUGCAGUGGGAUGAAAUAUGGUUAUUCGUCGGCUACCUAUUGUUCAUGACAGUAACGUCUGUCUACAUAAGCAAAGCGGGUGUCCUAUUUAGGAUCCUGGACGUGGAAGAAGGGCGACUUGCCCCUUAUCCCAGCCUCGCCGAAGACGAAUUCCACGAGCAAAAGACAUUCUUCUUCACUAAUCCGGGACUAUGGUUCACGCUAUGGAGCGUCAAAUUCUCCCUGUUAGCCUUCUACAAGAGAAUCAUGGCUGGCAUCAAGUCAUACGAAAACUGUUGGUGGGCGGUCCUAAGUUACUGUGUGAUUUCUCUGGUUGUAGUGAUUGUCCUGCAUAUCACUGCUUGCGGACCUAGUCCUUCACUCUGGUUUGAUCAAGAUGGAUGUAGCGCUGAUGAUGCUCGCCAGCCAUUGAUUAGUUUUUGGGCAGGCUUCACAGCCGACCUCACAACAGAUCUCAUGAUCAUGAUUCUUCCCAUUGGUGUUAUAAGAAAUCUACAUAUACCCAUAGUGCGCAAGAUGCAAAUAUGCACUCUGUUUGGGCUGGGUCUCUUGGUCGUCAUUGCCAGUAUCAUCCGUGUGAUUCAGGUUGGCACAACUAUCGGCCCAAAAAGAACAACGCCGGCCGGAACGUGGCUUGCGUUGUGGAGCAUAGUCGAAUCGUCUGUUGCCAUUAUCGUCGGUUGUGGUCCAGGGCUAUAUCGAAAGGCGAAGUCCGUCCGCAGCAACACUCCAUCAUACGCAUACAAUAGCCGCGGUUAUAUCAAAACAUCGGACAGCAGAAGGGCAAACGCUGAGAAACAUUCAGAAGAGCUGUAUGGACUUCCAAUAAAUACCAAAAUCUCUGGCCGUUCUAGUGAAGGAAGUAAGGAGGAGCUGAUAGAGAAUGAUGGGGCUGGCAAGAUCACGGUAACAAAAUCAGUUACAGUUCAUUGAAUGAAAGUAAUAUGCGUGCAUCUUCACAGCUGCGAGAAUUGGAACCCCAGAGCAACUAGCUAUAGUCAUUUAGGAUGAGGGUUUUGGCACCAACAAGUUAUUCCCGAUGACCAGGAAUACUGGUAAAUGUACCAACUUCGAAGCUAAUAUGCCGGGUUGGUCCAGAAUUUUCAGCUAUGCUCGUGGGCGCUGAUCGUGCUGUGCUUGAAGGGUAUUGUCCAUCACGAUGAUAGGGCAACCGCUUUACAAUUCUGCCAAUUGAGAGAGAGAGAGACGCUCACUAAACAAAUCGCCAAGGUUGCUGCCGACGAACGCCGAUCCACUGCUCGUGUCUCAUUAUUGAUUAGGCAUUCUAUAUCAUCCCCUGGCCCACCAAUCCCACAAUAGUUGAGACAAAUCGAUCUUGUGAACUUCGGCCGAAAGAUGCUUGUUCAUUCUUGGAGAUUACCUUCGACACGACCGG